ACACUGUUAAUUAACAGGAAAAAAAGUGUAGCACACGCGCAGAAUAAAAGAGUGAACGGCGGCGACCGACUCCGGCGCGGCGAAUCACCACCACCACCCGUUGACUCCGGCGAUGCCGCCCCUUUUCCUCCUCCUCCUCCCCGUCCUCCUCCUCGUGCACCCCCCCUUCCCGCAGGCCGCCGCCGCCGCUGCCGAGGACAUCUGCAUCGUCGGCAGCGGCAUCUCGGGCGCCUCCACGGCCUUCUUCCUCACCAACUACACCGCCCCCGACCCGGCCCCGCAGCUCCGCGUCUUCGAGCGCCGCGACAGGGUCGGCGGCCGCCUCGCCACCGUCACCGUCGCCGGCGAAGUCUUCGAGGCCGGCGGCUCCAUCAUCCACCCGCGCAACCUCCACGUGCGCCGCUUCGCCGACCUCCUCGGCCUCGCCGCCAAGACCGGCGGCGACAACGACGAGGACUGGCUCGGGAUCUGGGACGGCGCCCGCUUCGUCUUCAAGACUCUCCGCCCGCCCCCGCCGGGGAGCUCCUGGCUGCGCCGCAAGCUCCACGGCCUCGCCAACUCGCUCCUGCUGCUCAGGCGAUAUGGUCUCUCGCUGCUCAGGAUGGACAGCUUCGUGCAGGAAAUGUUGCAAAAGUUUAUGCUUUACUACAACGGAUUCGAGUCCCGGCCUGUGUUCGACAACGUUGAGGAGAUGCUCAAAUGGUCAGGCCUCUAUGGGCUCACUCGCAGGACCCUAGAGGACGAGCUCAUUGAUGCUGGGCUGAAUACUCAAACUAUAUCAGAGCUUGUCACUGUAAUAACAAGGAUCAACUAUGGACAAAGCACGAGCAUAAGUGGGUUAGCAGGCGCUGUGUCUUUAGCUGGCUCUGAGUCUGGAUUGUGGUCUAUCAAAGGAGGCAACUGGCAGCUAGCUGCUGGGUUGCUCAAGACUGCUAAUGCCAGUCUCCAUCUCCAAGAAGGCAUAGAGUCAAUCUCUGAUGCAGGGGAUUACUAUGUUCUGAAAUCGAAUAAAGGUCAUGAGUACAACUGCACGGUGACGGUUGUUGCAACUCCCCUCGAUGAGGUGAACAUUACGUUUAUCCCUCCGAUCUCUAUUCCACCAAGGAAGAUGCAACAUACCCAUACAACCUUUGUCAGAGGCCUCUUGGACCCUAAAUUCUUUGGUCUGAGCUCCGUGUCCGACAUUCCAGAGCUGAUAGGAACCAUGGAGCUCCCUGAUAUCCCCUUCUCGUGCAUCUCAGUUCGGAAGAAGCAUGGCGAACAUGACAUGACUUACAAAAUUUUCUCACGUGCGAAGCUGGAGGAUGCUUUGUUGGAUCAGAUGUUCAGCACAAGGGAGGAGACCAUCCGGAUAGACUGGCCCGCUUACCCCCACUACCAGGCCCCGGAGGAUUUUGCACCGAUCAUACUGGACGGCAGGCACCUGUACUACGUGAACACCUUUGAGAGCGCCGCGAGUGCCAUGGAGACGGGCGCCGUCGCAGCGGAGAAUGUGGCAAGGCUCAUCAUCUCGAGGCUGCCUCUCGGGUUACGAGCUGGGCUCUCGGCGGCGGCGGCACCUGAGCCUCAUAUCGAGUCGUUUGCCGGCGAGGAGGAAGGUUCCCAGCGUGUGGACCUGUGAGUGAAUGUGGAAGAUGCUUACUAGUUUUGAUGCCUGGGAUCACUGCAGUUUUCUUUCAGUGCCAGUAGUUUCCUCAUGUUUCCCUGGGUGAUAUAUACAGUACAGUAACACACAUCAGUUGCAUUCUGGCUGUGGAUGAAUGUAGAGUGUAGGAUGAAAUGCAAUAUUUCAGAUUCAGGAACUGUUGAUCCACUAUGUAAUACUCUGAAAAUACAUCACCUUGGUUAUACCA